AUGUGGCCGAACAGCCUUGGAGGUACUUCCGGCUGCAGCGGGGGCGCCGGUGCCGCCGAUCUCGGGGGCCUCGCCGCCUCCACCACCUCGGCCUCCGAACUCUUUGGGCCCGCAGCGUUCGGUGCAUCCGCCGCGGGGCCCUAUGGCGCUCUCAAGACAGCGCCCUACAUGGGUCUCAGCAUGCCGAUCGAUGCGUUACACUCCACUAUUGGUUAUCCCGGUUGUACACCCGCCGGCAAUCCAAGAAAGCAACGGCGGGAAAGGACGACAUUCACACGAUCACAGUUGGAUGUAUUAGAGGGACUUUUUUCGAGAACAAAAUAUCCUGAUAUUUUUAUGCGCGAGGAAGUCGCUAUGAAAAUUAAUUUACCAGAAUCGAGAGUACAGGUGUGGUUCAAAAAUCGGAGAGCUAAAUGCCGACAACAGCAGAAGCAGCAACAGCAACAGCAAGAUAAAGCGCCGAGAUCGAAAAAGCCCUCGGGGAGCCCGGCUAGUAAUCCACCCCCUGGAAAAAGUCCUUCAAUUACCACCCCGCCCACACCCGCCGCCGCGGUACCUGCUACUACGCCCUUGAGCGGAGGCACGGGUGGCUCAGCGGCAAGUUCGCCCGCGCUUUUAAGGGACUCGCCGCAGUAUAAGCCUGCGGGAAAUGCUAGUUUGCUAUUAGCAGCCAGCACGACUCCACCGAGCUUAGGUGGCACAGUGUAUAGCAGCGGUGGUGGUAGCAGUAGCAUUUGGAGUCCGGCAGUAACGGAGAGCGGUGGAGCAUUUCCGGGAGACCAUCAAAGGUUAACGUGGACGACAACCCCCUCCCAGCAGCAGUGCUAUCAAAAUUAUUCGUCCUAUUAUACCAAUAUGGAUUACCUUUCGCCCGCCUCGCAUCAGUUAAAUGUGGAUAACGGAGGUAGCGGCCUUGACAAUUCAUGGAGCAAAACAAGAGAUGAAGGCACUUCAUCGUGGUUUUACAAUAGCGCCGGAUGGGGUGAUCGUAAGUGA